UGGUUUCAACAUGAACCGCUUCAGGUACCUGCUGCUGCUAUGUUUCCUCUCUCCAUUUGUGGUGGAUUGCUCUGUUGAUGAAGACGGCUACUUCAUGUUUGCUGACUUUUGCUGUGUUAUGCACUCCAGAGACCCGAAGACAGUGGAGUAUCUGAUCGAUUGGUAUUUUAACAAAGAGUUUACGAUGCAGUACAACAGCACAGUCGGCAAGUGGACGGGUCUCACGCCGGCUGGAUUAAUCACAGCAUCUCAGUUUAAUGAAGACAAAUUUGACGUUGAUCAGAGAAAAGCAGAGAAACAACUGACUUGUGUCAAUAAUGUUGAUGCAGUAUUCAACGGAGUUCAGGAAAACAUAGCUGCGCCCAGCAUGACUCUCCAGGAGGGAGACCACACUUCCACCCAUGACACAAUACUCGUGUGCAGCGUUUAUGACUUCUACCCCAAACACAUCCUUGUGACUUGGUACCUGAAUGGACAGGAAGUGACUGAGGGUGUGACCAUAAGUGAAGUGAUGACAAAUGGAGACUGGACCUAUCAGGUUCACUCUUAUCUGGAGUACACACCUAUCCCAAAGGACAGAGUCACCUGUACGGUAGAGCAUAUUAGCCUAAAGGAGCCCAAGAGUUCUUACUGGGACUCUACCUUGAGACCAUCUGAAAGGAGUUAUCUAGCUGGAGGAGUUUGUGCUUUGCUCUUUGGAGCACUAACUUUGUCUUUGGGACUGAUCUAUUACAGAAGAAAAACCUCUGUCUGGUUCACUAUAAACUAAUAAAUCAUCUUUUAAUAAAUCAUCUCUAAUAGUUGUUACAAAAUUAAAUAACUCAACAUAGAAGAAAACUUUGAUAAAUAUAUUGUAUAUUUAAAAAGUAACCUAGAUGAAUCUUUAAAAUUUUUACUUUAUGUUUAUGUAACAUUACAUUCAGUGACAGUUAAUGUGACAUAGUUAAAUUCAGUUUUAAUCACCAUACAGCUGCAUGUCGCUUGUUUUAUGUAGCUGCAUACAUAAAACAUGUGACACCAUUACGGUCACUGUGAGCUUGCAAUGUCAAGAUCACCUUGAAAAAUUACGUCCAAAUAGUUAUAGCUGUUAGGUAAUUGUUCAGUAAUGACUUUCUGACUUUGUGUAAUUAAAUACACAGUUUAAUUAUUAUUCUUUGCUGUAUGAGCUUCUUGUUAAAAAGUUUCAGUGUAUUAAAUUCGUUCAUAUAAACUUUUGAUUUGUUAGAAUUUAUCCCCAUUAUUCUAUAUUACACAAUUACAAAAGUGGUAUAACACAUUUAUGUUUUAUCCUUUAUUGCACAUAGAUAUGUACUGCAGAAUAGUUUGGGAUUUAAACUGUUACAUUCAGACACUAACAAAUAUGACAGGGAGAAGCCCCUGCUCUGAGGACUUUGAGGGGGAUUGUCUGCCUGGACUGGUGGUGGCACCAGAAGGUACACAACUUUAAGGCCAGACCAAAGCAUGUCUAUAAAUUCUGGUGUUUUGGAGUUCUCUCUCUUUCCCCCCUCUUUCACCCUUCUCUGAGUCUACAGGCCGGACACCAACCUAGAAUGGUGAUGUGAGAAGCGCCAUCUCCUUUUAGGGAGACAGGAGGGUGUAGGGGAUGAAACGUGAGCUGGAUAUCAGACCUAAAGUUUUCCUCCAACUUUCAAUCUGUCAUGUUAACAUUCUGUUUCUGUUCACACGAAGUAAAAGUGUUUACUGCCUGGGUGUGGCAGCCUUUGUCUCUCGGAGCAUUGUGGAGAGGCAGGGGUCCAUGGCGCCAUGUAAAACUCAUCUGAAAUUCUAACCAAUUGAUAAUAAAUUGUGAAAAUAUAUAGUUUGAGCAUAUUUGUUUUUCUCUCAUAAAAAGGAACAUGGCAGAUGUUAAGAAACAGAGUUCAACUCUGAAAGUAAA